UGAGGCAGACAGUGAGACACCCGGAUUUAAUUGCUGCUCUUUGACGUCCACGUCUCCGCGUAGCCUCAUCCCUUGCCGGUCGGGAUGUGUUACGCGCCCCGCUCUAUCGCAACAACCAAAAAAUAAUAAUAGAGAAAGAAACUUAUAGAACAAAUGGCGGAGGGCGCUGUUACGCUUAAAGGAUUGCGAGCCCAAAUGGCUGCAGCAGCGCAGGCCCAAGCGGAGGAGCGGCGCAGCCAGGCAGUGAGUCCAGCACCUUCAACAAACACAACAGCUAAACCUCAGGGUUGUCGACCAGUCAUCGACGGUGCUGCACUUCGAGUUGACGAUCGACUAAGAGUUGCAAAAGAGAGACGAGAGGAGGCAGAGAGGAAACAAGCUCUGCGCGAGUCUCAGAUCAUGGAGCGGGAACGCAAGGCUAAGAUGCAAGUAGAGCGUCAGCUGGAGGAACGGCAGAAGAAGGUUGUUGAGCAGCGAAGGAAGGAGGAGCAGAAGCGAAUGGCUGUGGAGGAGAAGAGGAAGCAGAAACAGGAAGAGGAGAAGGAGCAUUACGAAGCAGUGAUGAGACGCACAUUGGAGCGGAGCCAGCGUGUUGAACAAAGACAGAAGAGAUGGUCAUGGGGAGGAUUGUCAACAGACUCAGACGGACGAGGAGAUUCAGAUGCUGGUGCCUCAUCUCCAGUAUCUAUAGUAAUCUCUCCCGCCUCCCCAGAAAAGCCGCCUAGGACCCAGCAAGUGGACAAGCGCUCCACAUCCACCAUGAACCUCAAACAGCCAUCAGAGGCUAGCAUCAGCAAACGCCUAUCCUCAUCCUCUGCCACCCUCGUCAAAUCUCCUGACAAAAGUGCUUCCAUGAAGAAGAGGAGUGCGUCCCUCACACGAGUAAGUGUGGGCAGAAUACAGACUCCUGCCAAGGCUGCUACGGGGACAGCAGACCAUCAAGCUCGUAAGCCACCGACUUGCGCUGUGGACGGAGAGAUCAUUAGUCGCCUGCUCACUCCCACCCAGGCCUCACUAGCUAGGAGCAAGAGUGCCGCCGCCCUUUCCCCUGGAGGAACAGAUACUCCAGAAUGUCACCUGUGUCCUCGCUCAGCCUCCGCCACCCAUUUGCACCCACCACCGCGCGGACCUGUGCGCAGCCGUAGCAUCGACCGACAAAAGAACAGCAUGACCACCUCCGUGUCGGCAGACGGAGCCCUCGACCGUUCGCUGAGCAAGCAGGAAAGAACAUUUACCUCGCCUGGCCGGCAACGCCCCCCCUCUCCAUCAAUUCCUCUGGGACGCAACCGCUCGCCAUCACCCUCUCCCAAUCCUUCGCCAAAGAGGACGCCCUCCCCAGCAGCAGCAAAGCAAAAUGCAAGGACACGUCCACCCUCGCCGGGAAUAAAACAUCCCCCGUCCCCUCAGCCAACGACAGCUAAGCCCCCUCCAAUCCAAAAACCAUCUCUCACUCCAACGGGACCCCCCACCUUACGUAAGAGGGACUCCCGGUCUAAGGAUCUGGGUCCUGUACAAAUGGGGUCGCCACUGUCCUCUGAUUCCAGCAAGCUCAAAGACAAAGAUGAUACUAAGACGGGCACCAACUCUGCUGCUGAAGCUGCCAAGAUUCUGGCGGAGAACCGAAGACUAAUGCGGGAGCAGAAGGAGAAGGAGGAGCAACUCAGGAUUCAGCGGGAGGAAGAGGAAAAGCUCAGGAAAGAUGAGGAAGAACGUUUAGCAGAGCAGGCCCGACUGAAGCGUGAAGAGGAGGAGAGGAAACUGGCAGAGGAGAGACGAGUGAAGGAAGAGGAGCAGGCCCGUAUAGCAGAGGAAGAGCAGGCGAGACUGGCAGCUGAGGAGGCACUGAAGCAGGCAGAGAUGCAGAGGGAGCGGGAGGAGGCCGAGGCCAAGGCCUUAGAAGAAGCUGAGAAGGUUCGCCAAGAGCGAGACCGCAUCAUGCAGCAGAACCAGCAGGAACGUAUGGAGAGGAAGAAGAGGAUUGAAGAAAUAAUGAAGAGAACUCGAAAAGGGGAACAAAAUGACUUUAAGAGAGAUGGAGACAAAUAUCUGCAGGACAAUGAAGAUGAUGGACAGGACCAGAUUGGAUUUGAUACCAGGAGUGAAGAAGGUCAGAUGGACGACAUCACCAUAGAGACGCACGAGUGCGGUGAUGGAGUGGCUCAAAGGGAAGAACCACUGGGUUACAUGAAUGGACGAGUGGGGACGGACAAGAAGAACGGCCCAGAGGACACUCAGGCAGUCAGUCCAAUUCCAACAGGCCGCCUAGUGGAAGGCUCAGAGUUCCUGAAUGAGCAGGACUCGACUAAGGUGGAACUGGUGUCUGGCCGAGGCAGUAAGUCCAACCAAUGGAGCUUCGAGGAGCUCAUGGAUCUCAGCGUCCACUCCAAGACUCACAACCUAAUGGAGGUAGAGGACUGUGACCCAGUUAUGAUCCACUGUGAUGGGCCGGACGGGACCAAAGGCAGCCCAGUGAGCUCCCUACAUUCCUCCAGUCAAGCCAUAGAGGCUCUGUCAGCAGAGAUUUGACGCUGCACCGUGACACCAGGAAGCCUCUGCACUGUUGCCCUCCUCACCUUCCUGUCCGACUGAGCUCCAUUUGAAAGAUUCCAAAAGAGCUUCCACCUCCAUUAAGUCCAUGGAGAGGAGCUGACCUGCCCCAUAAGAGCUAGGUGUUUCAUCUGCAAGAUGAUAAAAGCUACAGGGAAAUUCCAUGUGUUCCUUUUUUGCGCGUCAUCUUCUCUCAAGCUCCUUUUUCUGUGUUGUGUCAGAGUUUGAUGUUUCUGUUACACAUUUGGUCUUCAUCAGGGGUGUGCUGUUGUUGUAAUUUAUGAAUUUUGGCUUUGUUAUUGUACUUAUCCUCACAUGUUUAGAUGUUUUCCUCUUACCUAAGAGCGUUCCAGGGUGUGCUACAGACUUGUCUCUGGGAUUCCACGGUUUGGCUCUUAUAAAUUUACUUGAUUGGCUGAUUAUAUAUAUAUAUAUAUAUAUAUAUAUAUAUAUAUAUAUAUAUAUUAUUGCAGCAUCCAGCAAUUAUGGCCUUACCGGUUUGUUCACAGCCUCAUUUGUGAAUGACAGAAACUGCUUGUGCUGGCUCAGCUUGCUGCCAUGUGACUGUCACUUGUCUAACUUGGCUUUAGACAGUCAUGCACUGUGCUCCCUUCUGUGGCCACUAGAGAGCAUUGCAGGCACACUGAACUGUUACCUUAACAGCACAAGUUCUUUAUUCAGGUCUCAUCAGGCUUUAUGUCAUCUUUGUAUUUUGUAUCUGUAGCUUAUGUUUGCUAACAAGAUGGCUGUAGUUUACAUUAGUCUGUUCCUUUUAGCAAAAAUCCAUGUGCGGUGUCCCGACACGCGAGCUGCUACAUCUGACAAAAUUCAUUUCAACUAUUUCUUAUUUAAUAUAACAAGUGGCUGUUUAUAUAUGAAUAUACACUUCUGCAUAUAUUUAAGUGUUGUAUAUUACAAUCAGUGUUAAUCCAAUGAAGCCACGUUGAGGGUGGAGUGAUGUCAACUUGUUUGUGGCAGACAAGCUUGAAUUUUUUUUUUUUUUUUUGCUUUAAAGCAAAUAGUUUGGGACCUCAAUUUAUGCUUUGUUGUUAGCGUCCACACCCUCUCGCUGACAAAAAGAUAAGGACCUGAGAGGGCUUUACUUUUUUUGUAAUCUCUCAGAAUGUAAGCGCCUUCAUCAAGCCGUCCUUUAUUCAUUUUUUCUUCACAUAAGACUUCUACAGCUACUGCUACAGUUGUCCAUUUCUGCAGAUUAACUUUAGCCAGCUGGAUAGCGCCGUGCCUUAGAUGCUGUGUUAACUAAAGAAAACAAAACAGUGUCCUUACCUCGGCCUCUGACAAUCAUUAAGUCCUUUAUGAAUAAUGUUCUCACUUAUUCCCCCAAGCACCCUCUCCGCAAGUAACAUUUGUACUGUAAAUAUAUUCCAAAUUGUUCGGAGAUGAUAUGAACUGUUAAUAAAGUCUCGCAAAACUAGA